AUGGGGAACUCUCUCUCAACACUAUCCUCCUGCUGCAGAGGUCGACCGAAGGAUAAUCUCUACGAGCCCGCCCUUGCAGACAGUGAACGCGAAGCUGUUGCAGACCUUUUACAAUACCUCGAAAACCGAGGCGAAACAGAUUUCUUCUCCGGAGAACCCCUACGAGCCCUAUGUACUCUCGUCUAUUCCGACAAUGUCGACCUUCAACGGAGCGCCAGUCUCACGUUUGCUGAGAUCACAGAGCGAGACGUAAGAGAAGUCGACCGGGAUGUCCUGGAGCCGAUCUUGUUCCUGCUGCAGAAUCCAGACAUUGAGGUCCAAAGAGCUGCGAGUGCUGCGUUAGGGAAUCUUGCAGUAAACACUGAAAACAAGGUGGCUAUUGUCCAGCUCGGUGGCCUGCCUCCCCUCAUCCGACAAAUGAUGUCGCCGAAUGUCGAAGUUCAAUGCAACGCAGUCGGGUGCAUCACCAACCUUGCCACUCAUGAAGACAACAAGGCCAAGAUUGCAAGAUCGGGAGCUUUGGGGCCGUUGACGAGGCUGGCCAAAUCGAAAGAUAUGCGAGUGCAAAGGAAUGCUACAGGCGCACUACUGAAUAUGACACAUUCUGAUGACAACAGACAACAGCUUGUCAAUGCUGGCGCCAUCCCUGUGCUCGUCCAGCUCUUGUCUUCCCCCGAUAUGGACGUUCAGUACUACUGCACCACAGCUUUGAGCAACAUCGCCGUUGAUGCAUCAAACCGAAAGAAGCUGGCUCAGACGGAGUCGAGACUUGUCCAAUCCCUGGUCCAAUUGAUGGACUCCGGUACACCUAAAGUUCAAUGUCAAGCCGCACUGGCACUUCGAAACCUUGCAUCGGACGAGAAGUACCAGUUGGAAAUUGUCCGAGCUAGAGGCUUACAACCACUCCUUCGCCUUUUGCAAUCCUCGUACUUGCCACUCAUUCUCUCCGCUGUUGCCUGUAUUCGAAACAUUUCCAUCCAUCCUCUGAACGAGUCCCCGAUUAUUGACGCUGGGUUUCUCAAGCCGCUGGUAGAUCUUCUUGGGUCUACCGACAACGAGGAGAUUCAAUGCCAUGCAAUCUCAACACUGCGAAACCUCGCUGCAAGCUCGGACCGGAACAAGCAGCUGGUAUUGGAAGCUGGUGCCGUCCAGAAAUGCAAAGAGCUGGUUCUGUCUGUGCCGCUGAGUGUACAAUCCGAGAUGACGGCGGCUAUUGCGGUUUUGGCUCUUAGUGAUGAACUCAAGCCACAUCUUCUCAACUUGGGAGUUUUCGAUGUUCUCAUUCCUUUGACUGACUCUGAGAGCAUCGAAGUACAAGGCAACAGCGCUGCCGCUCUUGGCAACUUGUCUUCAAAAGUGGGCGACUACUCGAUCUUUGUUCGAGACUGGACAGAGCCAAACGGUGGCAUUCAUGGUUACCUCAAGCGUUUCCUGGCCAGCGGCGACCCUACCUUUCAACACAUUGCGAUCUGGACUUUGCUCCAGCUCCUGGAAUCGGACGAUAAAAAGCUGGUCAGUCUGGUGGCCAAAUCCGAGGACAUUAUACAAAUGGUGAAGACAAUUGCCGAUAAGCAUGUCGAAUCUGACGAUGAAGAGGGUGAAGAAGGCGAGGGCGAGGUCAUUGCACUUGCUCAAAGAUCGCUCGAAUUACUCGGGAAGGGACCGAAACAAACCCUGGUGGAAGGAUGA